GUUAUAGCAAAUACUUCUAUGUUGGAAGACUUGGAAAUCAAAAACACAGAGAAUUAAAGAAGAAAGAAAGAAGAGUGAGAUUUGAGGGCACCCGGUCUGGAUACUGGCCUUGGUACAACGAUAUGCUGCACUCUCCAGGUUUCAAGCCCUGGCACUCUUGUGAUAAGGGAAUGCCUAAUAGUGACCCUCAUCCCAGCUGUGAGACCCAUACUGGACCUCAGAGCUCUCAACAAGUUUUUCAAGAAUCAGAAGUUCAAGGUGGUCACAUUAUCAAAGAUCAUUCCAACAUUGGAACUACUACACCAACACCUAGAAAGCUCCUGCUCAAGGGAAGUGCAGAAGGUUCUGUUACACAGUAGAAAGUCCUGCACAUGACGUACUUACCUGCAGAAAUGAUCCAGCUUUCAGAUUUGGUGCAUGUCUCAACAAAUCUCCCCAAUAUCUGUGACUCUUUCACGAAGAAGUCACUUUCAGACUAUGCUCUGACCCUUAAAAAGUCAGGAUUAUCCCUAAACUCUUUUAGGAUUCAUCUAGUAGUUAUAACAGCCUUUCACCAACCUAUAGAAGGAUACUCAGUGCUGUCACACUCAAUAACUAAAAGGUUCUUCAAGAGUAUAAUAAACCUCUUCCCUCAACCUCAACUUCCUACCCCAAUGUGGUAUCUAAAACUGUUGCUGCAAGGGCUGACUAGGCCUCUCUUUCAACCCAUGACCACCUGUUUGCUAACAAACCUAUCAAUGAAAACAGUCUUCUUGAUAGCAAUUACCUCAGCCAAAAGAAUAGGAAAGAUAACAGCUCUGAUGCUGCAUCCCCCUUACACAGUAUUCUUUCCUGACAAAGUUACGCUCAGGCCACAUCCAAAAUUCAACCCUAAGGUAACCUCCCUGUUUCACAUGAAUCAAUUGAUUCACCUUCCAGUCUUCUACCCGAAACUCUUCACCAAGACAAACAGGGAGGCUAUACUUCAUAACCUAGAUGUCAGGGGAGCCCUGGCCUUCUACCUUGAUAGGACAAUGGCCUUCAGGAAGUCCCCCAGACUUUUUCUUUCCAUUGCAGAAGGAUUCAAGGGCUCACCAAUAUCAGCCCAAAGAGUUUCUAAGUGUGUCUCGAAUUGCAUCAGACAGUGCUACCAAAUUUGCAGCAUGACCCCUCCAGACUCAAUCCGUACACACUCUACAAGAUCAGUCUCCUCAUCUGUCGCCUCCUUCAAGAACGUUCCUAUCACAGACAGCUGUAGAGCAGCGAGGUGGGCGUCAGUCCACACUUUUGCAGAACACUAUGCGAUCACGGGGGACUCCGCCUUUGAUGCCAUCUUCAGCUCCAUGGUCAUCUGUAACUGACCCAACACUGAAGUCCCAGCCCUCCAGAAGGCUGGUGAUGCUAAAUUUGGAUACAUGAUUCUCCAGUCCCUAUUCAAAUAGACUCCGAACCCACCUCCAGUUGGGA